CAGGAUUUUGGCCUCCCCCGCUCCUUCCCCCAACAGAGAAACAAAAGAAUAAGAGAGCUCUCGUCGCGCCCUACGCUCUCCUUCGAACGAAACUCCCCCCUCCCUCUCUCUCUCGCUCGAUAAAACCCUAACCCUACACGCUCCAUCUCGAGAAGAUGAUGCUCCGAACCCCGCCUCAGAGGAAGCGUAGGGCCGAGUCCGUCGCUGGCGACGAGAGCCCCGUCUCCGACCGCCGCCUCGUGCCCUACGGCGGCGGCGCCGCCGCCGUCCCCAUCGCCUCCGCCGAGCCGUCCGAUCCGAUGGUCUGCACCUACCAUUGCCGUCAGAUGGUUAAAUCGGAGUUCAUGGUAGCUUUCAACACUUUAGAGAGGCAAGUCGGUGACUAUCAAGCUAGACUGGAGACACUGCACGAACAACUAUGCAGGAGUGACGAUGAAAGAAAGAAGUGUCAAGAUCACCUCACCUUUUUAGAGCAAGAGCUUGCUGCAACAAAAGGGCGUGAGCACGCAUUGCAAGAACGGCUACUAAAAGAGGUCACUGAUUCCCAUGAGCGGCAUCGAGCACAAUUGAAACGUAUCAGUGAACUUGAGGUUGAACUCAAUAGAGAAAGUGAUUCUCGUAAGACUGCUGAAUUGUCAGCAGCAUCAGCGAAGGAGACGAUUAAAGAUCUUGAAGGGAAACUUCAGCGGCUAACUGAAAGUUCAGAGAGGGAGAAAAAUAUGCUAAAGAAGGAACUCUCAUUUUCACAAGACAGUUUAAAUCUCUCUGCCUCUAAGCUGGCUGCUAAUCUCGAAAGAAUGAGACUCAGAGCAGAAAACUCGGAGAAAGAGGCGGAGUUACUGAAACAAGAGCUGAAGGGCUUGAGAGAGCAGUUGAAUGAGUGUCUCCACCAGAAGAGUGAGGUAGAGCAUAAGCUAUCAAGAUUUUCUGCUUCAUCUAAUCAAAAUACUCCUACGGAGGAUCAGAAAUUGGUGAAACUUUUGCAAGAGGAGAUUCGAAACUAUGAAUCUGAAGUACGAGAAGCCAGAAGAUUGAGAUCUUCUCAUGUCAACAAUGAGUUACUGAAGGAAAAAUUAUUGGAAGAAAAGGGUCGGAGGGAGAGGGCAGAAAUGGAAUUGUCAAAGUUGAUGGAAUUCCAAGAGAGAGCACAAAAAUUGGAGCUUGAGUUGUUGUCAUGGAAAUCAUUGCUGAGAGAGAUACCUGAUGUAUCAUGUUAUGAUGAUAUACCCAAAAAAUUUGCAGCCCUGCAAAAAGAAGUAAUUGAAAACAUGAUUAAAGUUGGUGAGAUUAGUGCAAGCUUGAAGGAAUUGGAGGUUAAGCUUGAGGAUGCUAGCCUUAGUAGACAACAUGCUGAAAAUGAAUCUGCUUUGGCCAAAGAGAAAGCAGAGAGUGCUGCUUUGGGGGCCAAGAGGCUUGAAUUGAUGCUUGCUUCAGUUACUGAAGAGAGAGACAGGCUAAAGAAGGAUUCUUUCGUUUUAGAUAAGCAGAAAGCAGGGCAUACAAAUGAAACAUUACUUAAGGAUCUUGCUGAAAAAGAGAAUAGUAUUAGAGAAAUGGAAAAUAGUUUACAUCAACUGAGAGAACUACUUAGUCAUCAGCAUGAAGAAUUAGAACUAAUGAAUGAAAAACUGAAUGUUGAAGCAAGGAAAGUGAAGUCUUUGGAGCGUGAGGGUGACCGCUUGCGUUCUGAGAUAGCUUUGCUAGAGUCAAAGUUGGGUCAUGGUGAUUACUGUGCAUCAAGCACAAAGGUGCUGAGAAUGGUCAAUACUUUGGCAGUUGACAAUGAGGCCAAACAUACUAUAGAAGCACUACAAGCUGAACUGAAAAGAACGCAGGAGAAAUUGCAAGCUGUUGAAGAGUUGAAAGGACAAUCUGAUGUGGGAAAGAUAAUAGAUGCCAACAUACCUGAAAAGUUAGUACAACUCAAGAGUCAAAUUGCUAUACUUGAGAAACGUGAGGAAAGGUAUAAGGCAGUUUUUGCAGAGAAAAUAUCAGUUUUCCGAAGGGCUUGUUGCUCACUUUUUGGUUAUAAGAUUGUAAUGGACGAUCAGCAACGUCCUAAUGGCAUUCCUGUGACAAGAUUUACGCUGCAGUCUAUUUAUGCACAAAGUGAUGAUGAAAAGCUUGAAUUUGAAUAUGAAUCAGGAACCACUAACAUUGUGGUUAACGAGUACAUUUCACAGCCAGAGAUUUCUCAUCAGGUCGAGAUAUUCAUAAAGAAGAUGAAUUCCAUACAAGCGUUUACAGCUAACUUAACCAUGGAGUCCUUCAAUAAGCGCACCUUAAGUUAGGGUAUCCCUAUACAAUGUUUUGGGAUGAAAUGGGUUUGAAAAUGAUCAAAACUCAAAAUGAAUGAAAUAAGUUGCGGCCGCAAUCAUCUUCGGACAUAUUCAGAGGGAAGAGACCAUUUUGUAAGAUAACGAUUCAAAAGGUCAGUGUUAGUACUCAUGUUCAUAUUAUUAUUUGGAUUUUGCAAUGUUGUUUGACGUCAUUACUCCUUACAUCUGUGCUCGCUAUAUGUUGUAUUUCCCAAUCAAUCUCAUGCCUCGUUUUAUUGCUCUGAUUUUUUUUUUUUUUUUUUUUUUUGACUUUUGAGGUUUAAGCUCAAAUUUUGUUUUGAGCAUCGAACUUUUAAGCUGAACAUUUGAGCCUUUAUUAUCACUAAGGUAAUUGUAAGGGAAAACAUUUUGCCUGGUGCAUCUAAACAAUCAUGUACCAUGCAUUCGUUGGCGUUAUUUUCUUAAAUCCUAUUAUCCUUUUGAGUUAUAA